GAUGCUGUAUGACUAUGUUGAAAGGAAGCGAAAGGAAAAUUCAGGAGCCCAACUGCAUGUCACCUAUUUGGUGUCUGGCAGUCUCAUUCAGAAUGGACAUUCCUGCCACAAGGUUGCGGUAGUGAGAGAAGAUAAAUUGGAAGCAGUGAAGUCCAAGCUAGCUAUGACUGCCAGCAUCCAUGUGUACAGCGUCCAGAAAGCCAUGCUAAAGGACAGUGGGCCUCUGUUCAAUACUGACUAUGACAUCCUUAAAAGCAACUUGCAGAACUGCAGCAAGUUUAGUGCCAUACAAUGUGCAGCUGCAGUCCCUAGAUCUCCUGCUGAAUCCUCAUAUUCCAAAAAGUUUGAGCAGUCACAUCUUCAGGUAUCAAAUGAGACACAAGCCAGCAAUGAAAUGACCACCAAUGGUCAUGGCCCACGUGCCUCCAAACAGGUUUCCCAGCAGCCCAAAGGAAUUAUGGGAAUGUUUGCCUCCAAAGCAGCUAUUAAAACCCAAGAAACUAAUAAGGAAACGAAAACAGAGGCUAAAGAAGUAAUAAAUGCAUCUUCAACAGGCAGCAAGGCACCAGCGAAAGGGAAUGUGAUGAGCAAUUUUUUUGGAAAAGCUGCUAUGAAUAAACUUAAAGUCAAUUUGGAUUCAGAGCAAGCAGUGAAAGAAGAAAAAAUAGUGGAGCUACCUCCAGUGUCUGUCACUGAACCAAAGCUGGCAGCUCCUGCAGGCUUGAAGAAAACCAGCAAAAAAGCAGAGCCUGUUAAGGUGCAGCAGAAAGAAAAAAAAAGGGGGAAGCGAGUAGAAUUAUCUGAUGAUGAGACAAAGGAAACUGAAAACAUGAAGAGAAAGAGGAGAAGAAUCAAACUUCCGGAGUCUGAUAGCAGUGAAGAUGAAGUCUUCCCAGACUCUCCUGGGGCUUAUGAAGCUGAAUCACCAUCCCCACCUCCUCCUGAGUCUCCACCUCUCGAACCAGUGCCAAAGACUGAGCCUGAACCUCCUUCCAUCAAGAGCUCAAGUGGAGAAAACAAAAGAAAACGAAAGCGUGUACUGAAAUCUAAAACUUUUGUGGAUAACGAAGGCUGCAUAGUUACUGAAAAAGUCUACGAGAGUGAGUCCUGCACAGAUAGUGAAGAGGAGCCCAAAAUGAAGACGUCUUCUGUACACAGACCUGCCAUGACUGUGAAAAAAGAACCCAAAGAGGAACGAAAGGGCCCUAGAAAAGGGGCUGCUGCUCUGGGCAAAGCCAACAGACAAGUGUCCAUUACUGGCUUCUUCCAGAGGAAGUAAACUGCCACCUCUGGAAGGUCAGAGACUUGGCGUGGUCAAGGGAGAAGACCAAGAUGUACAGAUCACUUACUGUGUAAGUUCAUCUAGAGCCUCACCUGACCUGUGUCAGACUUCUCUUUUAUCCUGUGAGGCUUAUACUAUUUCUGGUUUUUAACCACAAGGAAAUCACUUGGAAGUAGGAGACAAAAAGAAUAUUUAAAAAGCCGUUACCUUCUAGUGGCAUUUUUUAAGCACAAUCUUUGACCUGUCCAGGAGAAGAAUUUACACCAAAAUUAAACUGGAACAGGUUUCAGAAUGAUCACUGAAGCCAUUUGGUGGCUAAUUCACUGUGCCCCACUCGCCCUAUGCCCUGGUCCGUAUGUGACUCAGGAUAUUCCUUCUUGUUUCUCUGUGUUCUGUGAACUUGUGUGGGUGUUUUUUGUCCCUGAAUUCUACUGGCUGUGUUUACUACUACUUUUGUCCUCCUCUCUCCACACUUCUAUUCCCUAACUCCAUGAAGCUGUUUUCUGUAAGUCUUUUAAAUCUUGGUUGGUCUAAAGGCCAAAACAAAAAUCUCCCUGUAGCCCUCUUCCUCCAUUAUACAAUACACUGACACCUGGCCACAGACCAGGACAUUGCUUGUGUUCCACCCCUUUCACAAAAGCUCUCUAGACCUUCACUCACAAUUAGCAGUUUGGGAAAAGCCUCAGGCAGAACAUGAAUAGAAAUUUAAUGAUGUAUUCAACUCCACCAGAAAUUACUUAGAGUCAGCAUUGACGCUAUUAGAGGAGUUGUCAUGUUGCUGACACAGAUACCCUGUGUCAGCUUUAUACUGCUCUUUGGGGUUGUGGGUCUCCCCCCUUCCCACUCUCAGUACCUAGAGAAUAAAACCCAUACAGUGAGAUAAGGGCUAAAAAAGAGAGCUCUCUU